CUCUGCCCGUUCGCUCGCCGCGCUUUCCGCCCAUCGGCAGCACCAUGACCGUCGCACGGCUGGACCAGGGGCAGCGCUACCGGCCGCGGAUGGCCUUCCUGAAAAAGAUUGAAGCGCUUAUAAUGGAGAUGCAGAAUCCAGACACGGGCAUCAAGACACAGACUCAGAGGGUGAUGAUCACAAACAUCCCACAUGCUGUGGCAGGUAAUGAUAUAUUUCAGUGGAUUCUCCAGCGUUUACAGAUCACUAAUGAAGAGGCAUUGCACCUGGGGGACCUGUUUGUCAAAUAUGGCUACAUCUACCCUCUUCAGGAGCCAAAGAAUCUCACCCUCAGGACAGAUGGCAGCCUGUACAGGUUUCAAACCCCGUAUUUCUGGCCCGCACAAAGCUGGCCUGCUGAUGACACCGACUAUGCAAUUUACCUAGCAAAGAAGAACAUCAAGAGGAAAGGGAUUUUAGAAGAGUAUGAAAAGGAACAUUACAACAUGCUCAAUAAAAAAAUAAACUACAAGUGGGAUUUUGUUAUUAUGCAGGCCAAAGAGCAGUAUAAGGCAGGAAAGGAGCGGAAGAAGGCGGACAGGUACGCUCUGGAUUGCCAGGAGAGAGCCUACUGGCUUGUGAACAGAACUCCUCCCGGCAUGCUGGAUGUCCUAGAGUAUGGAAUAGACCGUGUAACAGAUCCCAAUGAAGACAAGGUAAACCAGAAAAAAACAAUGGAUGUUUAUAGGAGAGAGAUUAUGUACUAUCAGCAGGCCAUCAUGAAAUCCAGAGUGAAAUCUUCCGUCUCCCUUGGAGGGCUUGUGAAGUACUCUGAGCAGUUUCUCUCCAAUGAUCCUAUCCUGUCUGGAUGUCUCCCUAGCAACCCCUGGAUAACAGAUGACCCUGAUUUCUGGGAUCUCAAUGCAAAGCUGGUGGAAAUCCCCACCAGGAUGCGUGUGGAGCGAUGGGCUUUUAAUUUCAACGAGCUGAUACGGGACCCAAAAGGUCGGCAGAACUUCCAGCUCUUCCUGAAGAAGGAGUUCAGCGGAGAGAACCUGAGUUUCUGGGAAGCCUGUGAGGAUCUCAAAUAUGGAGACCAGUCCAAGGUCAAAGAAAAAGCAGAAGAGAUUUACAAGCUGUUCCUCGCUCCAGGAGCUAGGCGCUGGAUUAACAUCGAUGGCACAACAAUGGGCAUCACGGUGAAAGGCCUCAAGCACCCUCAUCGCUAUGUUUUAGAUGCUGCUCAGACCCACAUUUACAUGCUGAUGAAAAAGGACUCCUAUGGCCGCUAUUUGAAGUCUCCAGUAUACAAGGAAAUGCUGGCCAGGGCUGUUGUGCCACAAGAAACUGUCAAAAAAAGUUCCAAUUUCCCAUUUGGACGCCGUCAUCUCCGCUCCAGCCCCAGCCCCAUCAUCCUGAGGCAGCAGGAGGAAGAAGCCAAAGCCAAAGAAGCUGCUGCCACCGUGGACAUCACGCAGGUCAUGAGCAAGCUGGAUCGGAGGAGCCAGCUCAAGCAGGAACCUCCUAAGUAGGCUCUGAGCCCUGCAGGGCACAGCACAGGGAAAAUACAAGCUGAGGCCGGUGUUGAGCUUCGUCUCCCUUUCCUGAAGGUGUCAGUGCUGCUUUAGGUUUCCCAGGCCAGCUCUGCCAGCAGCCUGCUUCCUGCAUGUUGCCAUGGCUUCUGCAGCAGCAGAUGUCACUUCCCAGGCACAUGAGGCAUGGGAAUGCUCCUGGAGCCAGGCUGCUGGCUGUGCUGGAUUCACAGCAUGAGGCCAGAAAUCCUUCUGUGCAUACCAUGACGGGGGAUGCUUCUGGCUGCCCCAAGCCCCAGGAGUCUGGGCAGCCUGUGUGCCUCUCCCUGUCUUCUGCUCCUCCAGCAGCUGGGAUGGCACAAGGUAGAGUGAAGCUGUGCUGUCUCAGUCCUUUGGGUUCAUACUGGCCUUCUUUGGAGCAGCAGUUGAGGACUCUCCAGGGAGCAGAGCAAGGCACCCUACCUCAGAAUGUGUCCGUGCUGAUGUCCAUCCUCUGAGCAGGAUGUGCACCCUCCUGUGGUGUGCAUCCACUGAGAGCAGUGGUCACAUAAAUUCUCCAUCUGCUCUAAGGCACUUCAAGUAUCCUGCGCCUCCAAAUCAGUGCAGAGGGGCUGCAUGCAGAAGAACAGGAUAGGCUUCUUAUGAGAACAGUGCAAAGAGCGUUUCUGAAGGUUUGGGUGUCCCUUUGAAUUUUAAUGACAAUCCCAAGUCCCCCUGGUACACUGGAGAUGAGUGGAAAGCUCUGCUCUCUCUCUGUUACCCUGCACUCAGUGAGCCAGGUGUGCAGGCUUAGAGCUGUCUCUCACAGGAGCUUGCAGGAGUGCUUGAGAGAUGCUGCCAUAUCUUUAUGUCUCUUUUAUCAAGUCCUUUCUGCCUCUUGUCUUGUCUUUUUCCUGCUAUUCUAUUUUCUGUAAAAUAAAAAAUAAAAAAAUAACAGGAGGUAGUUCCAGUUGUCACUGGUUUGUAGCCCAGAGGCAAAGAAGAGCCAGGGCAGAGGUGUUAAGAGCUGAUUUCAAGUUUAAGAGGUGAUUUUUGUUUUUUGUUUUUUUUUUUUUCCAAUUUCUACUGUCUCUUUUGCUCCUUCGAAUAGGAAAUCUAACCAACUCUGUUAGCACUAAAGAGCUUGGGGAGAUUCCAGACUUUUCUGGGAAACCCCAGCCUGUCUGGGUUAGGCUGAUGACUAUCAGAACUGGGAAGAUUCCUGCAAAGCUCAGUAAAGGCAGUGGGGUGGGGCUGGGGAGGCAGAAAAUCUUGUUUGUUAGAAGCUAGGGGAAGCAGAGGAACUGGAUGGGAAGAGCUGAAGUACAGGAAACUUCUUAACUCCUCUUGGUAUCGUGAAUCCAUUUUUACAACUGGAAUGAAAUUGCAGAAAACCAAAAGUAGAGAAAUGUGGGUGUGAGGGGGGACUCAGGUGCAUAUGGACCAGCUUCUCACUGAGAGGGGGACAGCCAGGCCUCAGGCCCAGGCAGCUUUGAACAGAAUUCUUGCUUCCCCUGUGCAUCAGGUGCAGAAUCAGGGCUACAUGUUCUGAUGUGGUGCCCUUGCAGAACCAGCUUCCUUCGUUUUGCAGCUGAGCUAUGGGAGAUCUUCAUGACCUUGUUAACCUAAUGGGGAUGUAAUGUUUUUAGAGGAAUUGAAAUCAAGUUGCAUGAGUCUUUUGCUCUGAUGUCAAGGCCUGCUUGCUAAAUCUCUGUUCAGGUUCCCAAAGGAAUCAAUGGUAAAUUUUGCAGUACCAUAAAGGGGGAGCAGACUCAGAUGUAAAUGCUUAAAACCACAAGGCUUGUUCACACGAGGUACUGAGCACCAUCAGCUUACCUUAACAAGAGAGCACUGAAGAGCUUGGCAGGGUUGGUUUGAAGCUGUUAGGAUGUGAUGAGCUCUACACUCUUCAGAGCUUGUGUAACAUGGAGCACUGAACGUGUUGGGAUUGCCAGUACUAGUAACAUAUGGAAGAUCAAGUCAGGAUAUAAAUAAUAAAUAACAAAUCUGUGUGUUCCAGUCAGUCCCUCUGAUUCUACUUCUGUUUUGUUUGUAGCUGUGCUUUUUAUGUUACCUCUUUCCAUUCCUUUCUCUGAUUUUAUUUUUUUAACAUCUCAGUUUUACCUUGCUGUCCCACUGGCAAGAGUUAAUGCUGCUGCUGGCUUAAUGCUGCUCUGGAGUCCCCAUGCUUGUGAAACUCCAGUCCCACACUUGCAGGUAGCAGCUGGCUCUGUUCUGCUUCUAGGUUGAGUAAGCUGGCGUGACGCAGUGUGCCAUUCCUUGGUCCCUUGCUGCUCAGUCCCUAAAGAGGAAGGUUGCGUGUUAUAAAGUGUGACCGUGGUACAAACUGAACUUUGCUUUAUGUCAGCCAAGAAAUUGUUUCCGUUGGAAAUCAGAGCAGUAGGCUGUUUGUUUCUUGGCCGUCGCUUUCAUGCAUUCAUUGAUCUAAUGAAAAUAAAUGUAGAAAAUGAAAACAAACAAA